CUUUGACUUGACUCUUGAAGAGUCGACUCUUUCUUUCUGCAAUUCUUUGAAAAAGCGGCCUAACACGCAACAUCUCUACGGCUUCUGAGUCUAGCAAUUAAUUGCACCCACUAACACUUAUACUGUUGCACUUCAUUUUGCUUGCCGGACGUGGCCUCCCGCGACCGGUCUGUUUAGGCUUUGCGCUUCCCAAAGCUUAAUUCGCAGCUCCCCAAGCACGCGCGCGCGAGCAUCCACAAAUGCUGAGAAGCAAUCUGUGAACCUCGAGUCCUCUGUCCAAAGGCGGCUAUAUUGCAACGGUCAUGGCCUUCAGCUUUGGAAACAAUGCCGCGGCGGGCGGGGCCGCCGGAGGGACAGGAGGACUGACGCAGGGCAGCGAUCUGGAAGUGAUCGUGACCGAGGGUCUCGGCUUUCUCGCACUCGCUAGUGAUGCAAAGGUCCAACUGACCUCGCGAUGGUCUCCCCCCCCAGCCCCAACCGCAUCUCUCCUGAGCAUUUCCCCCCGCAAAGGCCUAGUCGCCGCUGCGGGGCCCGAUGCUGUUCACAUUGCAACUACGGAUUCCGUACGGAAGGCAUUCGAAGCUGAACGGAGCGGCGAUAGUGAAGUGCGGCCGUUUAAUCCUGAGGCUAAGGUGCCCCUCCCCUUCCGCAUUUCGCAGCUUGCCUUCACGGCCGACGAGCAGUUCCUCCUCUUGUCUGCCGAGAGUGGCGGCGGUCUUGCGGCAUACGAUGUCCAGACCCUCGUCCAGGGCGGUACGCAGUCAGCCUUUGAGCUGAAUACCAAUGGCGAGUCAAUCCGGGCUCUUGUGCCCAACCCUAUGCCUGAGCUGGCUAGCUUUUGCGCUAUCGUCACCAACAAUGGCAACCUAUUCAUGGCCAACCUCGCCGAGUGCAAACUCAAUGCCGGACCCAACGGGCCGACGUUACGCUCGCAGGUUAGCUGCGCGGCAUGGAGCACCAAAGGCAAGCAACUGGUUGCUGGUAUGGCGGAUGGCACUAUUUAUCAGAUGACACCGGAUGGCACGGAAAAGGGGCACAUUCCGAAGCCUCCAAGUCUCGGUGAUUAUCACGUAUCCUCCGUGACGUGGUUGGAGAACAACGUGUUUCUUGUUAUUCACAACCCAACGAAUGGACAAGAUCCAUCGGUAUAUCAUAUAAUCACUCGACAAGCACCACCUGGAGGCACCCUGACUUUCACCUUUCAGAAACUUACAGAUCCCGUGGAACCUUUUGGAUCUGACAAGGUUCCGCAUCAUUCUGUCCUCAGACUCAAGGACUUUCCACCCAACCUCCAGGAUCUCCUCCUGGUUUCAUCUACUGCUACAGAGACUAUAGGCAUUUUGUCACGGUCUAAAACUCCACUGUCUAGUGGUAAGCCAGCCGAGGCAAUCACAAAUGUCUUUACAACGACGGAGCUGGCAGACGAUUCAAGACGUGCUCAGCUGCCAAUGAGCGAGGAUUUGGCCGAGACCUUCCCAGUUGGAACCGCGCUUGACUUAUCUGGAAAGGAUAAGGUGUACAAGCCCAUUCCAACUGACGAGAUGGAGCAAUCGCCAGGGCCGCUCCCAGGGUUGUGGAUUUUGAAUAACGAAGGUGUCUUGGCAGUGUGGUGGACUGUCUACAAUGAGUCGGUUCGGUCAGGCACGACUUACCCUGGGCUUGUUGCCGCAGAUGCCGGCGUAUCAGCUCAGCCUGCAACUGUCAAGAGUUCUCUCCCCUCAGCUUUUGCAUCCCAUGCCAGUGCGCCCGCGUUUGGCGCCCCUUCCAGCGCCGCCCCUGCUUUUGGCACACCCUCCAGCGCCGCCCCUGCUUUUGGCACACCUUCCAGCGCCGCCCCUGCUUUUGGCGACGCAUCAGCUAUCGGAGCCAAUUCAUCUCCUUGGUCGACAGGCCCAGUGGCAUCUGUAACCCCCUCCUUCGGAUCAAGCACCUUUGGGAGCGCGCCCGCAGCGGCAGCACCUGCUUUUGGAGCCCCUAGCUUUGGGACUAAACCGGCUGGGCCAGCUUUUGGCCAGUCUUCAACGAUAGGAAUGGGGCUAGGCACCAAAGUAUCACCUUGGGCGACAGGAUCUCCCUCUACCGCAACCCCGGCAUUUGGCCAAUCUGGCUUUUCUAGCGCCGAGGGAACUCCCAAGGUAUUUGGCAGUGCCGCUGCUGCUACGCCAACUUCUGGAGGUUUUGCUGGCUUUGCUACCAAGAGCGGAUUCGGGGGCCUGACAGGCAGUCCAAGUGGCCCUAGCCUCUUCGGGUCCAAGCCCUCCGGGGCUUUUGCUUCGACCACGCCAGAAGUGUCGAUGGAUUCUGAUACGGCGUUCCCCCCUUCGCGAGCGAAAGAAAACUCCUCUAACUUUGGAUCCUCGCCUUUUGUGCUUGGUACUACAUUUAAAGCCGAUCCCAAGGCCUCUGACGAUAAUGAGAAGCCGAAGCCAGGCGCAGGCAGUUCGUUGUUUGGAAGCAACUUUGGCUUAUCACUGACCGAUGCGGCCAAACAGCCUGUUGUCUCUGAGGUAAAGGUUGAAGAUAUGGAUAGCACUGCCCAGACCCCGGCCCCUAACCAGGAAAAGGAAAAGGCCAAGACCUUGUUCGGUCUCGAAUCCACGACACCGACAACCACACCGGCUCCCCCGAAGUUUACUGCUUUCCAGCCCACCUCGGGGCCUUCGACCGGAUCGAGCAUAUUCGGACAGAAACCUUCAACCUCCUCUAGGACUUCUAACAUAUUCGGGACAUCAAAGUUGGCGGCAGCAGAGGGAUCGAAGCCCAGCCCCGUCUCGUCAAUCUUUGGAACUCCAAAACCAGCUUCAGCUACUCCAAUUUCAUCAUUGUUUGGAACCCCAAAAAUCAAGAAGGACGAAGAUAAAGAGAACUUAGCAGAUAUUCCGGAGGCCCCUCUCCCACCCGAUGCCACUAGUAAGGCAGUUUUCCACCUCAGUGAUUCUUCAUCGUAUUCAGGAUCAUCAUACUCACCAAAAGCAGCCUCACAAAAGUCGAUAAAAGCCGGAGACGCUCCACUACCGCCGGAUUUUCUAGGGAAGCCCGUGCCCACCAAUACAAAAGAAGCCUCGCCAUCGCAAAAGCCCGUACCUAAAGAAGCACCAUUGCCGCCCGAUUUCAUUCCUGACAAGUCAGAUUCUAUAUUAAAUCCAUUUAUUGAAGAUGACGCACCAUUGCCACCCGAUUUCGUCGUCAAGCCGGCAUCUCUGCCUCUCCCAGAAGCCCCGGCUGUUCCUAGUAGCCCCGAGCAAGACGAACUUUCUGAGGAAGGGGAGCUUUCAGAGGACGAUCAAGAAGAUAACGAAGAAGUGGAAGACGGUACAGAUGCUGCUAGUGAGGGCAGCGGUAUUGAUGUUGCUAAGGAUCUUAGUCCAACCGCUGGGUUUGGCAACCGUACUCCAGGGUUUACGCCACAAAGCUCAUUUGGAGGAAUGGGGGGAAGCACCUUUUCAACCAUCUCGCGCUCAGAAGCUGAGCAGCCUCGAACGUUGUUUGGCGAAAUCAGCAGAAAUGCCCCCCCCUUGUUUGCGCAGCCAGUACCCCAAAGCCCUCGAUCGCCCAGCCCAGUGCGUGGAGCAUCGCGAGCCAGUGUGCUAAGAACCAACGAAACACCCCGCUCUGUCAGUGCUCCGGGAAUGGCAUCACAGAUUUUAGGUCGGAGGCCGCCAACUUCACAGGGGAAUCUUGCUUUCAGCACUACAGCGCGAUCCUCCCCCCCUAUCGACCCAAAUGUGCAAGCGCAACGUAAACACGCAGCCAAAAAGGAAGCAGAAGUGCAAGUGCUUGUUGAUCCAGAGGAUGAUGGCAUCCAACAGAUUCUACGUUCCGAAGUACAUCCAACUCUUAAUAUGAACGAGUUUCUCGCUGUCGACACAAAACUCGAGAUAAUCGAUGCAUCUACGAAUGGUAGAGAGGUUCCGGUUGCCUGCGAAACCUUGUGGAGAGACAUCAACCGCAUGGUUGAUAGAGUGGGCCUCAACUCAAGGUCUCUGCAAUCCUUUGUACUCGGUCACACGACCAAGUUCAAGGAAAGCAGCCGCGAUAAAGAAGACCUCGAGAAUCCCGAUGACUGGGUUCUUGUGGAGGUAGAAGGCCUAAGCAUUGUGGAAAACGAAUUGGCGAAAGAGCUGCAAGAAGGCCGCCUCAGGGAUGUCGAAGAGACAGGGGCUUCGAUCCAGGAUCUGACACGCGACCUUGCAAAGCUUCGCGUAAAGGAGGAAGACAUGCGCAAGGUAAUCAUGUCGCACAUCGAUCCUGAACAACUCGCAGCGGCGAGAUCUCUUCCACUCAGUGCAGAGCAAGCGACGCAGCAAAACGAACUACGAAGAACCUAUGCGACGUUCUCCAAGCUCUUGGCCGAAACCGAAGAGGCCCUGACGAUGCUCAAAGCCAAGAUCUCGUCGGCAGGCGGAGCAUCAGGCAAAGCCCAAGUACCCACUGUUGAAGCGAUCAUACGUACCAUCAACAAGAUGACGGGCAUGGCAGAGAAGCGUAGUGGCGACAUUGAUAUUCUCGAGAACCAGAUGCGUCGACUGCGCCUGGGUUCUAUGGGACUCAACGAUAGUCCUGGACCUCGCAGCCGAGAAGAUUCGCCGUAUAAGACACCGCAGAAGAGGUCGAUUCUCUCUCCAGAACGCAUGCGCGACUCCAUGACAUCAUCUAUCGCGUCGUACGGCAUGCGAGGAACCCCACCCCGCAAGAAGAUGAGCAUGUAUAGCGAGGAGGAGAAGCAAGCUGUACGUCAGAAGUCGGCCAAGAGACAGGGCACUCUCGAGCGACUGCGCUCGAGUCUGGAACGUUCUGGCCCAAAUAUUUCUCGUCUUAAAGAUGAUGACUAAAUUGCAUCAAGAAUUUGGGGAGGGAAGGCAGGUUAGCCCUUGGGGGGUGUUAUGAAACGACCAUACACGUCGUUAAUGGGUUAGUUGGCUGUCGGGAGCCCAAUAUUGGUUACAAACAGGAUGUAUACUCUGGCAAAUGGCUUUUUUCAUAAUCAGAAGGAACCGAAACCUACGAGCCAAGAAACACGUAUGAAGCCUUGGAUUAGGUUGUAAGGAAAUAAAGGGAUUAGCAUCGCCUCGGUCGUUUAGGUAGUCUCAGAGAUAGUUUACUCUUAGCACAACUCUGCCCUCCCCAACGAGGGUAUCUGCUAUUAUUAUCAUACGAUGCCUUAGGGAUAAGGACCUUGGGGUUCCCCUUGGCCGUCCAGUAUUAAGACGGACUAGAGUUAAUAACCCACGUCUAGAUGGUUGUUGUCCUGGCAGGUUUUAAGCUC